UAAGACAGAGUUAAAAAGAGACAGAUGUAUAUCUCUCACAUAAAUCUGUCUCGUUUUACCUCAAUCUUAAGUCUAAGCAAAGUCAAAGUGCGCCCUUAAUUCUCACCAUGUCACUAACGGCCUUUGCACACCGCGUUUUUUAAACGCGCCGUUGACGCGCAUUUUAGAAACGUGCGUCGACGGCGCGCUUUUAUCCUACAGAGCAGUUUUUUGUCGUCUGUAUCGCUACACACGCGCGUUGGCAUCGCGUUUGUAUCGAUUCAAAGGCGUGUUAGAAUUUAUACAGGUGUGCAAAGGUCUACAGGCUGCGUCUGACUCGCGUGCGUAUCGCGACUGUAUCGCUACAAAACGCGCGUCAACGGCGCGUUUAAAAAACGCGGUGUGCAUAGGCUCUAAAUUAGCUCUCAUUUUCGAAGUUUUGAGGUAUAACUAAACAGCGGCUACUACUAUGAAUGCGUAAUAUUUUUAUAUCUUGAAUUAGGCGUGUAUAAUUCGAAAAUAACUAUUAUGUCUGUAAUAUUGAUAAUAAAAUGUAACAAUAAGAAUUUGAUGGACUUUAUUUACAAUACCGAGAUUCUUUAAUCUUAAAAGAGAUGUAAUAAAAGUGAGUAUUAAUUUCUUUAGUUGUUGAGGUGCUUUUUAACGUAGGGACAGGAAACUAUCCGAACAUAAGGUACAUUUAGUUUGUUGUGACUUAGAAUAAAAACGCAUAGAAGAUACACGCAAGAUAAACCAAGCGUGAAAUGGCUUGGUUCACCAAAUCCCCACAUUAAACUUUCAAGGGUCGAAUGUAAAAAGGUCCAGUACGUACCUAAACAAACAAGGUUUAUGUGAGAGGUUGUAAAAAUACAUCGGAGAAACAAUGAUUUUCCGAUGUACUUGAUGGAAACUUAAAGUUUAGCUACCAGCCGGUUAUGCGCUUGUUACAUAAUAAUGUACACAAAUCUAAAUCCACAACGAAAACGAACGACAAUCUUUUCACUGGUUUUUUUUUUGCAGAAAAUGAGGGUAUGACUAAAAGUUUCACUUUACGGCCGAAAUUAAUAACUCAUCUAUAUCUGUCAAUAAGUUUCAUAGCAACGUUGUUAUUUGUCAAGAAUUAUAUGAUCUUUUUUAAGAAAUAGCAAAGUUGCUAAGUUACUUAUCGACAGAUUAAAGAUAGGUUGAUUAUUAAUUUCGGCCGUUAGUCAACAUUCUGUGGAUGACCGAAUUGAGUAGCAGAAUCUACUCUUGUUGAAACUUUUCCAAUUCAAAACAUUUUCCAAGGAUUCAAAAGUUAUAAAUCCUCAAAUGUUUAUCAGUACAGAAGGGUUUUUCAAUCGAGAAAAAUGAACACCAAACUCGGCCGUUGUAUGGACACUAUGCGUUAUUAUUCUAAGACCUGUGACAUAUUUUUAUCUAAAAAGAUAGCGAUAAUACAAUAGUUUUGUUGAGAUUGCGUCUCCAACCAUUACGAUGUCUCGUUUGUUUCCCGUCUCUACAUGUUGCUUGCUUCUACCCCACGCGUGGGAACGCGCACGCGUGCCUUGCGAUUGUCUCAAAUUAUUCAAAAAAUUUCAGGUGGAGCUUGAAAAGUUGAACGCAGCGACCGAUGAGAUCAAUAAACUGGAAUUGGAGCUAGAUGAAUCCAUGAAAACAUUUCACCUGCUGCUAAAUGAAACGUCACGAAGAUUACAAGCACUGACGAAGAGACUAGGCACCUGUGUGGACAAAUCCAGGCCCUAUCACGAUGCGGUGUCAGCUGCUAACAUCGCUAGAUCAGAGUGCCAACGCGCGGCCGUACAGUUUCAGAGAGCUAGCGAACUCCACGGAGCAGCCAAGGAGACGGUCACACUUGCGGAGCAACGCUUCGUGAGCAAGCAGGACGAGUGGCAGUUCGACAGUAACUGGCAGGAGGUGCUCAACCAUGCCAUCAUCAAGGUUAUGGAUGCAGAGAAAAGGAAGGCUGAAAGUGGUCGCGAGCAUCAGAAGAAAGCUGCCGCUUAUAUUGCGGCUGAACGAAAGGUAGCACAACUGGAAGAAAAUCUAAAACGGAAUAUCAUUAAAUCGAGGGUAUACUUCGAAGAGAAGAAAUUGUGCGACGAGCAAUUGCAAGCGCAGAAUGAGAAAAUAGAAAAACUACAACGUCUCAUAGCGGAUGCUAAGUUUAGAUAUUCCCAAUCAUUGAAAUCUUUGGAGGAAAUAUCCGAAGAGAUACAUAGACGCAGAGGGGAGUACCCACCGGGAAAGGACAGUAUACCUGUCGGACCAAGAGAGCCUGGCGUCGGAGCAGAAAGAGACCCUAUACACGACGAAACACAAGUAGGCACUGAUAAAGACGACGAAUCAAGCCUCCAAGAACUAAGAAUGCGUGUGAGAGAGCUAGCUUCAAAACCUAUAGAUAGAAAAGACGUGGAAACCGAUGAAGCGUGGGCUCAAGAACUAAACGAAACUAUCAAUAAACUGGAUCAACUCCUCAUGAUUAAAGAAACGAAUCAGCAAAAAAGAUCCAAAUUCACAGAAGUCACACCAAGAAACUCGAGCGCGCCUACAACUAGUACCAACACUGCUAACAAGUAUGACCCUCUCAACGACACUCACAACAUCAACACGAACUUGUCGCGCACUAAAUCCAUAAGUCGAGAAGUUAUAUACGAAAACGUAAACCCUAUCGUUAAAAAUGAGAAAUCUAAAAGCAUGAUGUCGCUAGACGUCCUAGCUCUAGCUAGAGAUGCUACAAUACUAGAUCGAGAGUCGUACUUGAAAGCUGUUAUUGAAGACAAGUCACCGACUGGAACGUACACAGAGAGUAAUUCUGAUCGGAACGACAGUCCAGACGAUAUUUUGAUGGUGGAAUGCGACUCCAGUGAUUCUACCCAGAAUCCAGUCAUCAGAAUGACCAGUUCUACUAUCACUGAUAGUGAUAAUAGCUAGACAUUUCAUGAAAAUUCAAAAUAAUAUCGCGUUACCGCUGUCAUAUGAGUGACUCAACACCAUGAGACCUUAGAUAUUAUAUAAAAAUUAAUGUCUGUUCGUUAUCUGUGUAUUCGCGCAUCAUAAAACUUUGUUUAUUUGUUGUUGGCACUUGCGUGAAGCUUUCUGAUAUAUGUGUGUACAGUACCAUUAGACCCGAGAUGCAGCGCGAAGCGUCCGCUCCGUUUCGAUCUCAUAAGAGCGAGAUAGAAAGGAGAGUGAAUACUUAACAGAUAAGUUUACGCGACAGAAAAAGAGAAGUUUGUUAAAUUUGUGUUGCAGCGCUGAAUUGCACUUUAUUACGUCGGAAUAAGAGUCCUAUUCCUUUAAAGGUCUUUGCGGAGUCAGUUACCAGUGAGGUACAGAUAAGUAAGGCAAUCUGUGGUAGCAUAAAUAUACAGUGUGCGAAGCGCAUGCCAGGCAUUUGUGAGUCUCAUAUACAGCGGUGUAUA